AUGGCGUUACAAAUGGCUUAUGGUGGCGACACAUUCAGCCCUACUCCAGCUAUAUCUCGACUCGGUAUUCAACCAUAUCAAUGGGGUACCGAAUGUUUACAUGGUAUGGAUUAUCCCUUCCGUAAUGUCUCUUUAUCGUGGAACGGACGAGUAGAUGAUUUGGUCGGGAGGUUGACUCUUGAGGAAAUGGCGUUACAAAUGGCGUAUGGUGGCGACACCUUUAGCCCCACUCCAGCUAUAUCUCGACUCGGUAUUCAACCAUAUCAAUGGAAAACAAAUUCAUUACAUGGCAUAAUGGGCAUAAAUGCUACUUCUUUCCCACAAUCUGUAGGGUUAGCAGCAACAUGGAGCACAGAUGCUGUUUUCCAAAUGGCAGAAGCUACAUCUGAAGAGUUAAGAGCGUACUAUAAUGAUGGAAUAAAAGAACGUCGAUAUUCACGAGGUUUAAGUUGUUUUGCUCCCGUAAUUAACAUCUUUAGAGAUCCUAGAUGGGGUCGAAAUCAGGAAACAUACGGUGAAGAUCCUUUUCUCUCUGGAAUGUUGGCUCAGGCGUACGUAAAAGGUUUACAGGGUGACCAUCCUAGAUACGUUAGAGCUAGUGCCGGAUGUAAACAUUUUGAUGCCUAUGCUGGUCCUGAAAAUAUUCCAAUUCACCGAGAAUAUUUCAGUGCAAAUGUUACUACUCGAGAUUGGAGGACAACAUUUCUACCAGCAUUUAGAUAUUGUGUAGAAGCUGGUACAUACAGUCUUAUGUGUAGUUAUAAUAGUAUUAACGGAGUACCAUCAUGUGCCAACAAGGAACUACUAACUAAUGUUUUACGUGGUGAAUGGGGAUUUACAGGAUAUGUAGUAAGUGAUGGUCGAGCAAUAGAGCUGAUAGAGUCUGCACAUCAUUUCUUUAAUAACAGUAUAGAUACUGUAGCAGGUGCAGUGAAUGCUGGAGUGAGUUUGGAGCUCUGUGGUGUUAGAAAAACAGUCAAUUAUUUUACACAGAUACCCGAUGCCGUAAAGGCAGGAAAACUUACGGAAGAUUUGGUACGAGAAAGAGUGAAACCAUUGUUUUAUACUAGAAUGAGGUUGGGAGAAUUUGAUCCACCAGAAAUGAAUCCCUACGCCUCAAUUACAACUGAUGUUAUUGAAAACGCAGCACACCGAGACCUAGCCUCUGAACUUGCCAUGAAAUCGUUUGUCUUGUUAAAGAACGACGGUACUCUGCCAUUGCGAAAAUCUGUUUACGAUAAGAUAGCUUUAAUUGGUCCUAUGGCUGACAACCCGAAGCUAUUAAGUGGAGAUUAUGCAGCUCAACCUGAUCUGAAAUUUGUGUACACGCCAAAAUUUGCUCUAGGGCCACUUGCCAAUACCUUACAAUAUGCAAGUGGUUGUAAAGACACAGCCUGUAAGGACUAUGAUUCACAUUCGGUACAAAAGGCAGUUCAAGACGUAGAUAUAGUAAUCCUUUGUAUUGGUUUAGGUUAUGUUUUGGAAACUGAAGGUCAUGAUAGAGAAAAUAUGGAACUACCUGGAAAGCAAAAUCAACUUAUUCAAGAUUCCAUAAAAUAUAGUGGAUCAGCUAAGGUUAUAUUAAUAUCAUUCAAUGCUGGACCAGUCAAUAUUACAUGGGCUGAUAUGAAUCCAAGAGUAUCAGCAAUUAUAGCUGCUUUCUAUCCAGGACAAGCUACUGGUGUUGCUCUGUAUAAUGUUUUGAAGAGCUCCAACCAUUCUCAAUUUGGUAGAUUACCAUAUACUUGGUACCACACUUGCGAUCAGGUACCACCAAUGAUCGACUACACAAUGCAAGGCCGAACAUAUAAAUAUAUCAAACAGGAACCAUUAUAUCCAUUUGGUUAUGGUCUCACUUAUUCAUCAUUUGAAUAUUUAGAGCUAUAUCUAGAUCAAUAUGUGAAUGCUGGUGAUUCUAUAUUAGGUGUAAUAACUGUACAGAACAAUGGUCAACAACCUGCUGACGAGAUUAUUCAAGUUUAUGUUUCAUGGAAUUCACCAAGUGUAGAAACACCGCAGAUACAAUUAGUGAACUUUACCAGAGUUCGUAUUGAAUCAUAUCAUGUUACUUCAUUUCGAUUUUUUAUUUCACCACAAAAUAUGGCUGUUUAUACGGAUGAUAAGGGUUGGGUUGUUGAGGAAGGAACAAUGACAGUUUAUGCUGGUGGUGAACUUCCAGGUCAAGCUAAAUCUGGUGAUACGGGUCAUAUGAAAGGAGAAUUCACUAUAAAGGGAACCAAAAUAUUAGGUUUCUACUGACAAUGUUAAUUAUGUGUGUGUUUAACCAGUUUUGUUGAUUGAGACACUUUAUAUAUUAUUUUUAAUAAGCAGCAAUACUGA